AUGACGGACGCGCCUGAACUCGUGCAAUACACAGGCAACUGCCACUGCGGGUCGUUCAUCUUCCGCUUCCGGACACCACAAAUCAAGGAGGCUAACACAUGCGACUGCAGUAUCUGCUCUAAAAAUGGAUAUAUCUGGGUGCCUCUGACAGAAGACCGCUUCGAAGUUGUUCAUGGCAGCGAGGAGACCAGUUUGUCGAGCUAUGAGUUCGCAAAGAAGGCGAUCACGCACAAGUUCUGUAAAACCUGCGGAACCUCUGUAAUGGCUCGCACCAAGGACCCCAAAGUCGCUCAGACUGUCAGUGUCUUGGUGAACAUACGUGCUGUCCAGCGUGGAAUCAACUUCGAUGCCCUCAAACCAGGCAAAGUGUUCAAGGGAUCGGAGCUGGGCGAGCCAUAUAAAGUGCCAGAGUUGGUGAAACCGGACUUCGACCCCAUUCCUGCCGGUAUCAAAGUGUACCACGGCAACUGUCACUGCGGAGCGGCCGCCUUUGCGCUCUUGAGCGUUCGCGACCUGAAUCAGGCGACCGAAUGCGAUUGUAGCAUUUGCUGGCGGGAUGGUGCAUUGUGGACCUACCCAGAGCGAGAGGCCCUGACCUUCCGUGGGCUAUCAGACGCGAUUACCGAAUACGGCUUCUCGUCCAAGGCGGUCAUGCAUGGCUUUUGCAAAACCUGUGGGGUAUCCAUGUACGAACGGUUCGUUGGGAGCGAUACCAUUGCGCCGAACGUGAGGACGAUGGGUGCCGAUAUCGACCUGAAUCUGGUUGAAUACAAGGCCAACUGCCACUGCGGUGCCUUUAAGUUCUCCUUCAGGGCUCCCAAAAUCACCAAAGGCUCGGAAUGUGACUGCAGCAUCUGUUCCAAGAACGGCUAUAUUUGGCUUCGCCCUAGCGAAGGGACUUUCAACGUCGACAAGGGCGACGAGAACACAACACUUACGAGCUAUGUGUUCGGCACCAAGAAGCUUGUGCAUAAGUUCUGCCCCACGUGCGGCACUUCCGUGUUUGCUAGAUUCUCCUCCGAAGCCGACAACGGGCCCGGGGCUAUGAUGAUCAAUCUACGCGCGGUCCAGGAUCUCGAUAUAUGGUCGCUCCAAACGAGUGACUCUUUCAAAGGCUCCGAACUGGGCGACGCAUACCAGCCACCAUCGCAUGUCGCACCGAUUGGCCUCCCGACCGAAGACAGAACACUCUACCAUGGGAACUGCCAUUGCGGGUCCGUGGCGUUCGUCCUUGCCAACCCGGCUAAGGUCACAACAGCCCUCAAAUGCAACUGCAGCAUCUGCGGGCGGGAUGGAGUGCUCUGGAUUUACCCCCAGACGAGCGACAUCGCUUUCCGUGGAGUACCCGAGUUCAUGUCUGAGUACAGCUUUGGGCCUCGCAAUGAUGUCUACCAUGGGUUCUGCAAAGUCUGUGGUGUGGCCAUUUAUGAGCGCUUUGUCGGAAUCAGGGAUGAUGGCAAAGACAAGGCACUCACUCGCGCCCUCAACAUCCGCACCUUCGCCAGCGGAGAACUCGACUGGGACAAGUUGGAGUUUGAAUUAUUUGAUGGGCGGGCAUUUCCACCCUUGUAUGAAGUGCCUGCAUAA